GGACUUUUUGGCGGGAACGCGAGGAGUGAAGUUGUGUGAUUUGUUUUAUUUUGUCUAUUUAGUGUUUCUUCGGGUUUAAAUGUGUAAUAAUGGUGGUUUAUUAACCGUUUAAUAUCUGUGAAGGUGCACAAAUGUGGGAAAAUGAAACAAAGCCGCUGGACGUAACUUCUCGGGAUCCUCCAAAAAGUCCACUGAAAAAUCUUAGUAAAUGACCACCAUUUUACUGAGAUUAGAUUUCAUCUCAUAUCAUCUCAUUUAAUUUCAUCCUAGUUGAUUAAUGUCACAAAUUAAUCAUUUUCAUUUCAUUUCACUCCAUAAUAUCAUUUUUCAUAAAAUUAAGAAUAUAGAAUAAAAUAAGACAUGACUUAAAGGUCUCAGUUACCAGGUCAUAAAAUCUCUUAAAAAAAAAUAAUUUCUCUAUGUAUGUAUAGUCCGGUGCGUUGAAUCGUUAUAAUCUACGCAGCACCUUACCGACACCCCGCGGACUUUUUGGUGGGAACGCGAGGAGUGAAGUUGUGUGAUUUGUUUUAUUUUGUUUAUUUAGUGUUUCUUCAGGUUUAAAUGUGUAAUAAUUGUGGUUUAUUAACUGUUUAAUAUCUGUGAAAGUGCACAAAUGUGGGAAAAUUAAAUAAAGCCGCUGGACGUAGCUUCUCGGGAUCCUCCAAAAAGCCCCCUGAAAAAAUCUCAGUAAAUGACCACCAUUUUACUGAGAGUACUGAGAUUAUGUUUCAUCUCAUAUCAUCUCAUUUCAUUUUAUUUCAUCCCAGCUGAUUAAUGUCUCAAAUUAAUCAUCUUCAUUUCAUUUCACUCCAUAAUAUCAUUUUUCAAAAAAAUAAGAAUAUAAAUUAAAAUAAGACAUGACUUAAAGGUCUUAGUUACCAGGUCAUAAAAUCCCUUAAAAGAAAACACACACACACCCCGCGCCCCGUUCACAGCUUAGAGUCAAAUAAUUUCAUUCAAGUCAGCUUCAGCAGCAUAGAUAAUAUACCUCCUGAUAUACCGAUCAGCAGUCAGAUUCGAUUUCUUGGUUCAGAAUUUUAAAUUUUCAUUUAAUUGCUUGUUUUCAGUAUUAGUGUUUUGUUAUUUUUAUUUUGGUUACCGACCGUCAUUAUCUUAUUAUGCUUUCAUUCUAAUUUCUGUCAGCGAGAUAUCUUUGUAACCGGUGAAUUUACAAGCCAAAAUAAUGAAUGACAAUGGUUGCAUACACCUAAAUAAUUUUAAGGCUGCUAAAGGCACUAACCCAUAUAAAAUCGUACAUGCAUUUUUUGUUUCCUGUACGUCGUAUGAAGCACGGAGAUACAAGGCAACAUCCUGUCUCUGCUUUGCUUGUGGCCAGCCUGGACCUCGUAUGCAUUCAUGUCUCCACUGUAUCUACUUUGCAUGCUAUGCUGGUCAUAUUCAAGAACACUCCAAAUCUAAGAAACACUUCCUGUAUGUUGACCUUAGCUAUGGAAAUGUCUUCUGUGCUCAAUGCCAAGACUACAUUUAUGAUAGGGAGCUUACUGAGAUCGCUGCAAUACAUAAGGCAAAGGAGGCUAAGUCCCUUGGUAUAAGCAUACCUUUUAUGCCAUGGUUACCAAACCAUAAUGAAGCAAUGGCUCUUCGUCGCCUACGUAAACGGCGCCUUAUCAGUCCUCAUACUACAAUAGGUUUACGGGGCUUACAGAACCUAGGAUCAACAUGCUUCAUGAACUGCAUUGUUCAGACACUAAUUCACACUCCACUCCUGAGAGAUUAUUUCUUAGCAGAAAAACACAAAUGUAAGUCGCAAAGUUCUAGCAAAUGCUUGGUGUGUGAAGUUUCCAAACUAUUUCAGGAGUUUUACUCUGGAGCAAAAACACCGCUGACUUUGCAUCGUCUAUUACACUUAAUAUGGACUCACGCCCGUCACUUGGCUGGAUAUGAACAACAGGAUGCUCAUGAAUUCUUCAUUGCCACUCUUGAUGUGCUGCAUAGACAUUGCAUGAAUGGAGUAGAAGAUACAGAAAAAAAGGAAAAUGGGCGUUGUAAUUGCAUUAUCGAUCAGAUAUUCACCGGCGGAUUACAAAGCGACGUCGUGUGCACCUCCUGCUCUGGAGUCUCCACUACCAUCGAUCCGUUCUGGGACAUCAGUCUUGACGUGGCCGGGCCGGGUUCCCUGCAAGCUUGCUUGGAACGUUUCACCAGAGCCGAACACCUGGGCUCGGCGGCGAAAAUAAAAUGCUCCAACUGUCGCGCCUACCGUGAAUCCACCAAGCAGCUGACUUUAGAGACUUUGCCGAUCGUAGCGAGCUUCCACCUCAAACGUUUCGAGCAUUCGUCUCAGAUCGAUCGGAAGAUAUCCGCCUUCGUAUCGUUCCCGGCUGAGUUAGACAUGACUCCGUUUAUGUCGUCGCAUCGUCGUGCCGUCGACGUGGGCGCGGCCGAGAACAAUAACACCCCGGAAGGAAUGUUCGAGGACAACCGCUACUCUCUGUUCGCGGUGGUCAAUCACUUGGGUUCGCUGGACGCAGGGCACUACACCGCAUACGUCAGGCAAAUGAAAGGAAGCUGGUUCAAAUGCGACGACCACAUGAUUACUAGGGCGUCACUUCGAGAGGUUUUAGAUAGCGAAGGAUAUCUUCUGUUUUAUCACAAGACUGUGUUGGAGUAUGAAUGCGACGUUUCUUAAAAGCUUUUGUUAGGGAGCUUAUUAUUACUAUUAUUCUAAAUCAUGUAUCUGUCUGAUGGUUACGCAGUGUAUCCAUCGUUUCUUUGACGUUAUUGUACGAAGGGAAACGUAUAACUUUUUGGACAUUAUGUAAGAAAAAAAAGUCAUAUUUUCUAGUGAUAUUAGUACAUAGAUGAUAAAAAGUCUCGAUAAUCCUUAUAUUUAAUUUUGCCCUGCAAAAUUAUUUACGAAUUUGUUAGUUUGUAAGCUUUAAUCUAAACGUACGUAAUUUAUGUAGUGACUGAAAAUUAUUUGCUAACAGCAAGAUAUUUAUCUGCCGUUACGAGGAACAAAUCUUUUAUGAAUCUUAAAUAAAUUUAGCUUCCUGUUGCGUUUAAAGCAGCUUAAAACAGUCAUAGGCACCUAUGGUUUUUAAAGUAACAGUAGUAAAAACAUUUUCUGCAUAACCUUACCUGUUCAAUAAAUGUAUUUAAAUGUUGUUCAAUUGAAGUGUUAUUAGUGAUAAGGUUCAUGUGUGUGUGUAUUUGACGCGGAGAGCGUAUCAUUCCUAAUUUGUUGUGCGAACAAACAAUUCAAUCUACCUCGCUGUUUUAUCAUUUAUGGCAUUUGAUUGGAAGCCUGUAUUGUUUUUAAAUCACAUGUGAGUGUUGCUUCGUUUUAAUGAAAUUAAUUUUACCCGUAUAACAUUAUGAUAACUUCACUAUUAGUUUCUAGUAUUUGAUUCAUUUCCUGAAUAGUAAAUAAUUUAAGUGUUUUAUUGUGGCUCAUAUACUACGCAUUAUUGCUAUGUUCCAUAACGCCAAGAAGGCACAUUAAUUUUUUUUUUUUUUGUGUAUCUGGCUUAAACUGGAAAUAUAGUGUAAUGUGAGCGCCGCUAGAACUGGUGUGAUCUUUAAUCAGCUCGUGUGUAGAGCACAACGGUGUAUAGAGACAAAAUGUACAAAGAAGUAAUUAAGGUCUUGCAUAGAUAUAAGCCGCGCCAAUAAAGAAACGAAUCGAAAAUGGCGUGUAUGUACCUGCAGUGACAGAUGGUAGGGUCAACAAAUAAAAAAAAAGAUAGAAGGAAAAAUUUGUUUAUUGUAAAAAAAUAAUGAGAAUGUACUUUACUUUACUUUAUGCCCUGGCAGAAGGGGAGGUGUCUCAUCUGGAAUUCAACUUGCGUAGACACUUGCUGCCAAUCUAAGACGCACAACUCGAAAGCGAAAAAACUCGAACUCAACAAAGUCAGAACUAUUUUUUUUUUGCAUGCAGUACGCGCCGUGUGCGACUAUAGACAGCAAUAGUUUAAGAGUGAGAGCGCAUGAUCGCCGCCGCCAUUUUAGAUUCGGUUCUUCAUUGGCGCGGUUUAUAAAGCUAUCCAACUUCUCCAUCGGUCUGUGGUAAUAAUAUUUUAUUUUGAGAAUUGGAUUUUAAGUGACAGGACCGACGUCGUUGUCCAUUUUUGGUGUGAAGGAACCUUGUUUUUGAGUUUGAUGCGUCUAAUUUUAUAUCAUUAAGGCAUCGAUGAUAAUAUCUCAACAUGUCUUGCGACAUUCAUGCUGUUAUGUCUAUAGGCUUCAGUAACUACUUUGUCUAAUUUAAACUAGGCUUUUACAACAAAGACACACUUCAUUUUAUUUUACUUAUUUAGCAAUGAUAAUUAUUUUUAAAAUACUCUUAUACCCUGUACUAUGUAUUUCUUAGUUAUUCUGUCUCUAUACAUAAACCCACCAAUUUGUAAUGGUUUAAGUAGUUGGUAAUUAUGACUGAACUGACAUUAGCUUUAUGUGAUAUUUAAUAUUUAUGACAUGUAUUAAAAUAUAGUUAGCUGUAUGAAUUUACAACGAUAUUAAGAAAACUAGAUUUUUAAUUUUACAAUUUGUUUACAAUCAAUUAAAAGUUCGAUAUAUUAGUCGAUCAUAGUUUUUAAUGUUAAUUUUAGUGUUUUUCUGUCGCCAAUACAAAUAUGUACAUACUUGAUAAUAUUAAUAAUGUUUCAGAUUGUCUACAUUAAUGCAAUAUUCAUAAGUUCCUAUGAUCUUCAUUUUAUUAAUAUGGUCGACUAAUUUAUUCAACGAUAUAUUUUGCAUUUGUGUUGAUUCGAUCCGAACCUAUUCAAUUAUGAAAUGUAAGAAAAAUAAAAUAAUGUGAAUUAAUUAAUACGCAUUGCGUUUAACAUUUUAUAUGGAAUCAAGAUCCUUAUAAUGAUUUUAGCAAUUGAUGUGAAUUAUAAUAUCUUAAUCCAACUUUUUAUUUUACUUGUGUAGAAUAUCUGGAUUGUAUUUUAUUUAAUCACUCCGUAUCUCUGUGUAUGUGCGUUAGUUCCACUAUGGCUAUUUUACAUGUAGGUGUAACAUGUACAUUAUUAAUGUUUUGAAUAAGAAGAUCAAUAUGUGUAUACUGUCUGUAUUCGAUGUCAGAACUAUAUUAAAAUUUAAAGCGUAACAUACUAUGAAAA